UGGAAGAUGAAGCUGCAGCUCUUCGUGAGAUGCAAGCUAAGGUUGAAAAAGAGAUGGGUUCUGUCCAAGAUCCUGCAAGUGAAACUGCUUCACAGGCAAACAAGGAGGAAGUUGAUUCACGAUCAAUAUUUGUUGGCAAUGGAAAUUCACUUUUCUGAAUACAGUGGCAGUCUUACCAAUUUUUUUGAUGGUGGACAAGAGUAGUUCUGAUCUUAGAUAUGUUUUACUUAGGGAGCAUUUGUAACUACAUGUUUGACUUGUGGAGAAGUUUUAAUCGAAAAAAGAAUGAAAAAAAAAAAAAAAAAGAAAGAUGAAAAGUCACGAAAAGAUAUUACCAAAAAAGAAAAAGAAAAAGGAAAGUCCCCAUUGAAAAAAAAAAGAUGGAAUUGAAAAAGCCCUUUGAGGCAUAAAAAAAGACAGAACAUGGAAAAAUAAUACGGGGACGUAAUAAGAAACAAUUCUUAUGAAAAUCACUUUGGUAAUGGAGUAUUUGUACAUUAGAUUCAAGGCUCUGCCGUCUAACAAGAAGGCAGAUAUUUGUCUAUAAGUCGCAAAGCCUAGGCACUGCCAUGCAAAUUCUAGUUGCGGAGUCUGAUUGCUGCUGGCAGCUGGUGGACGUGGUAUUCAGGUUUGACUAGCUGAUUAAGCCUGUUAUGGUUGACUAUGCAUGCACACCAGAAGAAGUUCAGCAGCAUUUCCAGGCUUGUGGGACUGUCAAUCGAGUUACUAUUCUAACUGAUAAGUUUGGCCAACCCAAAGGUUUCGCAUAUGUGGAAUUCGUUGAACAAGAAGCUGUCCAGGAGGCACUCCAGCUGAACGAGUCUGAACUGCAUGGACGUCAGUUGAAGGUGAUGCCUAAGAGAACUAAUGUUCCAGGGAUGAAGCAAUUCCGCCCAGGGCGCUUCAAUCCAUACUCAGGUUACAGGUCUCGAAGGCCUUAUGCAGCCCCCUAUUUCUACUCCCCAUACGGAUAUGGAAAAGUUCCAAGGUUCAGGAGGCCUGCGCGAUUCAUGCCUUACUAUUAAAAGAUGUCACAUGACUGGUACCAAAAUCUGAUGAAUGCAGACAUCAGGAGACUAUUUUGAUCUAGUUUUAGUUGAGACAGUGUAGUAGUUACCUAGCGUAAGUUUGUGCUUCGUAUUUGCAUUUGAACUUGGACAAAGUCUCUUGUAUUUGUACACUAGAAUGAUCCUGUUGGAUGGUAAGUGGU